UUUUUUUGGUUGUCUUCCUCAUUUCACAUUGAUCUCUAUUGUUUCUCCAGAGAUUCAUCCUACCUCAGAGAAAUAGAAAGUAGAAAAUGGCUGACGGUGAGGACAUUCAACCCCUUGUCUGUGACAAUGGUACUGGUAUGGUUAAGGCUGGUUUUGCUGGAGAUGAUGCACCGAGAGCUGUGUUCCCAAGUAUCGUAGGCCGUCCUCGUCACACCGGAGUCAUGGUGGGGAUGGGACAGAAGGAUGCAUACGUUGGUGAUGAAGCUCAGUCCAAGCGUGGUAUUCUAACCCUCAAGUACCCUAUUGAGCACGGUAUUGUCAACAACUGGGAUGACAUGGAGAAAAUCUGGCAUCACACUUUCUACAAUGAGCUCCGUGUUGCUCCUGAGGAACAUCCCAUUCUCCUCACUGAAGCUCCUCUCAACCCUAAAGCUAACCGUGAGAAGAUGACUCAAAUCAUGUUUGAAACUUUCAACGCUCCGGCUAUGUAUGUAGCCAUUCAAGCUGUUCUGUCACUUUACGCUAGUGGUCGUACUACUGGUAUUGUGCUUGACUCUGGAGAUGGUGUGAGUCACACGGUUCCUAUCUAUGAGGGUUACGCUCUUCCCCAUGCUAUCCUACGUCUCGACCUUGCAGGUCGUGACCUCACAGAUGCUCUGAUGAAGAUCCUCACUGAGCGUGGCUACUCCUUCACCACAACAGCUGAGCGUGAAAUUGUCAGAGACAUUAAGGAGAAGCUCUGCUACAUUGCUCUGGACUAUGAGCAGGAGCUUGAGACGUCUAAAACCAGCUCUUCUGUGGAGAAGAACUAUGAGUUACCCGAUGGACAAGUGAUCACCAUUGGAUCUGAGAGGUUCCGUUGCCCAGAGGUUCUUUACCAGCCAUCUAUGAUUGGUAUGGAAAAUGCUGGUAUCCAUGAAACCACAUACAACUCCAUAAUGAAAUGUGAUGUUGACAUCAGAAAGGAUUUGUAUGGUAACAUUGUGCUAAGUGGUGGAACCACUAUGUUCCCUGGGAUUGCGGAUAGGAUGAGCAAAGAGAUCACUGCUUUGGCACCGAGCAGCAUGAAGAUCAAAGUUGUUGCACCGCCAGAGAGAAAAUACUCUGUCUGGAUUGGAGGAUCUAUCUUGGCCUCUCUCAGUACCUUCCAGCAGAUGUGGAUUGCAAAGGCUGAGUAUGAUGAGUCAGGCCCGUCUAUUGUUCACAGGAAAUGCUUUUGAGUUUGAAGUUAACUCUGCUUCCGGGGAAUCCCUGUGGGGUUUUAUCUUGGUUCUCUCCUGUUCUUCAAUAUUCUUUUUCAGAUUCUGGCCUAUGACAAUUUUAAAGUACUUACAAUGUCUCUUUAUAGUAUGGUUCCCUUUUUUUGUUCUUUUGUUGGAUAACACAAUUGUGUGAAUGAAUAAGAACACAUAGUUUUCCGAAUCUUUCAGGAUAGUACUCAAAUUUGAGUAGUGUUCAUAUA